AAUGUCAUCCUUUAGCGAAUCACGAGCCGGUGGUAGUUUGGGCGGUUUGAUUGGUGUCGGUGGUGCGGGAGCCGUCGGCAGCGAACCGCUAUGUUUGCAGCGCAAAAGUUCCUGGGUACGGGAGUACCGCGAUCUGCAAGCAAACGUUAUGUCUGUCGAUUGGACCGGAUCCUGGAUACUACUGGCCGGUCGGCGCCUGCUUGCCCUACAGUCGUUGCGUGACUACGAAUGCACGGACGCUACCAAUCUGCGCAUGGACGAUACGAUCGAUUGUGGGCUGCGCAAGUUUCAGCGCCACUCGAAGUACGAGGUAACGGCGGCCGAAUGGGCCAUCUGUCAGAACAGUCAGGAGUACUGUGCGAUCGCAACCUGCCAGCAGAUCGAGGUCGUCACGUGGCGCUCCGGCGAACCGACCCUGCAGCACUCGCUUCGAGCGCACACCCGAAUGAUAACGGACAUCGAUUGGCACUCGAAGGUGCCACACCUUCUGGCCAGUUGCUCGAUCGACACGUUCACGCAUCUGUGGGAUCUGCGCGAUCCCCGGAAGCCGGUACUGUCGCUGAGUGCGGUCUGUAUGUCCGGUGCCAGUCAGGUGGGCUUUAAUCGGGUCUCGGGCAAUCUGGUCGCCACGGCACACGAUGGCGAUCUGCGCAUCUGGGACCAGCGCAAAGGUUCGUGUCCGAUACAGUACAUCACGGCACAUCUGUCGCGCAUACACGGUAUCAACUGGAGCCACGAUCACGAGACAAGCCUGUCCACCGCUAGCCAGGACGGUACGGUGAAGUACUUCGACAUAAACAACCCGCGCCGGGCGGAGAAAAUCAUCACGACGUCCUGUCCAGUGUGGCGGGCCCGGUACACCCCUUUUGCGGACGGUCUGGUUACGACCAGCGUGCCGCAACAGGGUCGCGGCGAAAACAGUCUCCUGAUGUGGAACAACUCCAAGCAGGACGCGCCCAUUUGCGCGUUGGUCGGGCAUACGGAUGUGGUGCUGGACUUUGCCUGGGGCCGAAAGGACAUUCACGAUCCGGAGCUGAUCACGUGGUCGCGCGAUCAAACUAUUCGGAUCUGGCGCAUCGACGAGGAGGUACGGAAGCUGUGCGAACGCUACCCACCGGAUGAUGACGAUGGGUUUAUGAUCGAGGAGGGAAGCAGCAGCAAUGGCGGUGGCGGACUUCCCGGUGGUAGUGGGAAGUUUACCCUUUCCGGCUGUCCCAAGAGUCCGAUACGCGAGAAGCAACCGUCAGUUUCUUUGCAGCACGAAUUUUCGCUGCUAAAUCCCAACAUUCCUCACAUCGACAUUGAGGUGCUGGAUCCGAUCAAACGGACCGCCACCGUACGAAUCUCCGUCAACGGGUACGUGAUAAUGUUGCAGGUUAACUUUCCACCGCUCUACCCGAACAAUGGUACCGUGCCUGAGUUUCACUACUGCCAGGGUACUUCGCUGGACGAUGCACUUUCGGUAACGCUGAUGAAAGUACUGCGUACGACUGCCAGCCAACGGGUAAAGAAAGGUCGCACGUGUCUGGAGCAGUGUUUGCGUGCGUUGGUAAAUCAGCUGAAAAAAUCGUUCAAUAAUGGUGAUCGCCAUCUGCGGUUACAAUCACCCCGACUAGAGGGUGCGCUUAGCAGUGCACUGCAUGAUGCCUGUGUGCCAUUUCCCAAAACUUCCGGCGUUCGGUUCAGUCAAGUGGGCAUGCUUGUGACGUUCGCCCGUCCGCUGAAUACGAAGCGCAUAAGCUUGAAGCAGCAAAACACAACGCCGAGAGCACUGUCGGCACUGAGCGGUGGCUAUCUGGGGAACGUGAUGGGAUCGCAGCCCAUUCUUUACGCUCAUCGGGAUCCGAGUACGUCAUCGUUUUACCUGCCGGAUAGGAAAUCAUCACGCCAUCGAGGAUCAUCGGUCAAAAUCAACGUAUCUCCGGUGCACGUGUACGACGUCUCGAAGAUACUGUAUGUAAGCCGUGAGCUAGCCGAAAACUACAUCAUCAACACGACGCACGUGGCCGAAAUGUGUCGCCAUAAUCGUGCCGCAGCGGAAAAGUAUGGUCGACCGGAUCUGGUGCAGUGUUGGUCGCUGGCCGAAAUGAUCGCCCAGCCGAGCACGGAAUUCGAAACGGAUGACGACAUGCUGUGUGCUCAGAAUCCGUUCGCAAAAAGUCUUCUCGAGUCACUAAUUCAUCACUUUGCCCGCAUCCACGAUGUACAGACGGCUGCAAUGCUUUGCUGUGCUUUCGGUCGUCAUUGCCCAUCCGCGCUCGAGCUUUCGAUGAGUUCCAGCUCGAGCAGCAAAUCAAUUAACCAAAGUCACUUACUUAGCGGUCAUCGAAAAAUUAAGCCAAGUGGAUCACCUUACCACACGAUCCUUCCGGUCGAUCCCUCCUCCAAUCAGGGCUGGAUAUUGGCCCAGCAGCUAAAACAUCUGCGCAGCAACUCGUGGUCCGACUCGUUGGAUGAUAUACGGCUGGGCGGUCCACCAUCAUCAUCGUCGGCGAUCGUCGGGUUCGUCGGUGACAUCGGCAGCAAGUGUUUGCUCGGCGACAGUAACCGCUACCUAUACGACAACUUCAAGCGAAGUUACGCCGAAAUGCUGUACCGUUGGGGACUGUUGGUGCAACGGGCCAAGGUACUGAAGUACCUGUCCAGCUACGUCGACACUCCGCGCUGUGUGGAGUUUGUAACGGAAUGUUUAAACUGUUGCCGGGUUGGUGCGCCUGCCUGUGCGUCAUGCAAGAAACCGGUGCUGUACUGUAGCUUGUGCCGUUUGCCGGUUCGUGGUGCGGCGAACGCCUGCCUGCACUGUGGGCACGGUGGCCAUACGGAGCAUAUGCGGAUAUGGUUCGAGCGGCACGAUGUGUGCGCAACCGGGUGCGGUUGUCCGUGUUUGAGCAAAAGCUCCAAGCUUUGUAAUUUGUAG